AUGGGGAGAAACCCUUGCUGUACAAAUGAAGGGUUAAACAGAGGUGCAUGGACUGCUGCUGAAGACAAAAUUCUUAGAGAUUUCAUCAAACUCAAUGGUGAAGGCAGAUGGAGAACCCUCCCUAGGAGAGCUGGUCUAAAGAGAUGUGGAAAGAGUUGCAGGCUAAGAUGGCUUAAUUAUUUAAGGCCAGACAUUAAAAGAGGCAACAUAACCUGGGAUGAGGAAGAACUUAUCGUUAGACUUCACAAAUUGUUGGGUAAUAGAUGGUCUUUGAUAGCAGGGAGGCUUCCUGGGCGAACAGACAAUGAAAUCAAGAAUUACUGGAAUACGAAUUUAAGAAGAAGGGUUCGUCAAAACGAUCCUAAAUCUGCUUCAAAUUGUGAUAAUCUUUCAGAAAAUCCCAAUGGCAAGGGCAAGAUGAAAAUGUGGUUGAAGAAUGAAUCACCUCCUGUGGUACGAACAAAGGCAACGAGAUGUUCUAAGAGUUUUAUAGAUCAGCAGGACAUACAGAGUGAAUUUAACAAGAAAACUGACAACAGUUCAUCAUUUGUUGUCAAGGACAGUACUGAUUUCAGCAGAACUCAACCGGGUUCUUACAACGAAUUCAAGCAGAAUUUUUCGAGGCCAGAUGCUUGUCUUGACGAUGAUUUGCAUAAUUUAUCCGAUGUUUUAAAUUCGGAACUAUGGGGAGUUCAAGAAUUCAGUGAUGGAGAUAAGAAAGGUAAUAAUGGUUUACUAUCGCCUUCUUCUGGAGGGCCAUUCUGUGAUGAAAUGCUGGAAGAUUGGAUUGAUCCUCACGUUUUGACUCAAAUUCCAGAUUUUGGAGGGGAUUGGCUUGCUAAUAUUUGA